CUACUGCAUCCUGCCGGUCACGUGGGUUGCUAAUAAUAACAACAAAAAAUCCAGAAUCAACUGCGUGCAGAAGAACGCAUGGAGACGGCGGAGCACUGGAAAUCCCAGCGAAGAGAAGGGAGGGCAUGAGCACCAUUCAAAGAUCAGUCGGCGUCAGGCAGCGGUUGUAAGAGGCUGGAAGAGCGAUGUUGGACAAGUUUUUGGUGAUUUUUUGCCUGGUGGCUCUUUGCUGGGCCCAGCGCAGAGGAGGCGGCGGCGGUGGCGGCUUUUAUCCCGGGGGUGAGAGAGGAGCCGGUGCGGCCCAAUCUAAGUUCGGUGAAAUCGAAUUGCAGCUUUUGAAGCAUAUUUACGAAAGCGACCCUGAUGGCGGCAUCACCUUUUCUCCCCUCAGUAUCCGCACCCUGCUUGCCAUGUUGAGCGAAGGUGCCCAAGGGAAGACCAAAACGGACCUGGAGGAGGCCCUCGGGGACACUCGCAGCAUUCGUCGCGUCCUGGGCUAUUCGUCCCGAGGCGGAAUUGCGAUGGGCAACUCAUUCUACCUGAGCAACAACCUGAACAUCAACGAAGCUUUCAAGGAAAAGCUCACUUCGAGCUACAAAGCUGAAUUCCAGUACGCUGACUUUUCUCGUCCCCGCAGCGCUGCCUACAACAUCAACGAAUGGGUCAGGAGAAUCACCAACAAGGGCAUCUCCGAACUGAUCAGCCCUCAAUCCCUGAGUCCCGAGUCGGUCUUCAUGAUGGUCAACGCCAUCCACCUCACCGCCAAGUGGACAAAGAAAUUUGACUCGGAGGAAACUGUCACCGAUGGAAUUUUCUAUGAAAGCCACAGCGGUGAACUGAAGCCCAAACUCGCCGAGAUGAUGAGGAACUACGAGCACUUCCGUUACGGCACCGUUGAGAGCCUCAACGCCCAAGUCAUCGAGUUGCCUUUCCAGGUGCCCGAGAACCACGCUAUGUACGUGGUGCUGCCCACAGAUCCCAACGGACUAAAGGACUUGAUCAACAAACUCACCCCCGAAUCUCUUGGAGACAUCCUGAAGACCAUGAACAACCCCAUCCAACUGACUUUGUACCUGCCAAAAUUCAAGGCCUCCACCACCCAGAAUCUCAAGACCAUCCUCCCCGGUAAGGUCGCCCAGGUCUUCAGCCCGUCGGCUGACAUUUCCGGAAUCUCCCCUGACCGCAACAUCCAGCUGUCCGAGGUGCUGCACAAGGCCAACCUGAAGGUUGACGAAGAGGGUGCCACUGGGUCAGCCGCCACUGCCGUCCAGGCCAUCCUUCUUUCCAACACCCCUCAAAUCGUGAUGAACGUUUCGCACCCCUUCUUGUAUUUCAUUGCCGAGCAGGUCAACGAACGUCACUUUGAUUUUUACAGCUCGUCCAACCAGGAAAUCUAUUUUAUGGGCUACGUUUCUAAUCUUGACGAUUCCCGCGAGCUUCCUUCUAACUGGGGCCCUUUGCCACCCAAGCAGCCCUAUAAUCCGUACCAAGGCUACACCCAGGGCAACCGACGCCGCCCGGGCAACAAUCGCCGUGAGCGACAGAAUAAUUAAUUUUCUACGAAGUGGAACAAACGAAUCUCUAGAGCAUUCAAUUUACAAUUGAACAUAAUUCAUUUAUUAUUUUGUUUAAAUCUUUCUUUAAUAAAAUAUUAGAAAAAAAAAUACUUUUUCAAU